GCAGAGCAGGUGGACUCCCGAGAUAGACCAGGAGCCGCCUGGCAGCCGGCGGCCUCUCUGACCCAGACCUCUGCCCUCCAAGACAUGGCCCCAGGCUCCCUCGAUCCCCAGCCCUGUGGCCUUGCGGGGGUGAAAACAGCCUAAGCACUGCCACUCCAGGGCCCGUGCCCACCCCCGCUGGCCCGUGGCCCUGAGACCAUGGAGACAGUGCCCCCAGCUGUGGACCUGGUUCUGGGUGCUUCAGCCUGUUGCCUGGCCUGUGUCUUCACCAACCCCCUGGAGGUAGUGAAGACACGGCUGCAGCUUCAGGGGGAGCUGCAGGCACGGGGCACCUACCCUCGGCUCUACCGGGGCUUUGUGGCCUCCGUCGUCGCGGUGGCCCGUGCGGAUGGGCUGUGCGGGCUGCAGAAGGGGCUGGCUGCCGGCCUCCUCUACCAGGGCCUCAUGAACGGCGUCCGCUUCUACUGCUACAGCCUGGCGUGCCAGGCCGGCCUCAGCCAGCAGCCGGGAGGCACCGUGGUCGCGGGCGCUGUGGCAGGGGCAUUAGGAGCCUUCGUGGGGAGCCCUGCUUACCUGGUCAAAACGCAGCUGCAGGCCCAGACGGUGGCCGCGAUGGCCGUGGGGCACCAACACCAUCACCAGAGCCUCCUGGGUGCCUUGGAGACCAUCUGGCGGCAGCAGGGCCUGGCAGGGCUGUGGCGGGGCGUGGGGGGUGCCGUGCCCCGGGUCAUGGUCGGCUCGGCCGCUCAGCUGGCCACCUUUGCCUCUGCCAAGGCCUGGGUGCAGGAGCGACAGUGGCUCCCGGAGGACAGCUGGCUGGUGGCCCUGGCCGGGGGCAUGAUCAGCAGCAUAGCUGUGGUCGCUGUCAUGACCCCCUUCGAUGUGGUCAGCACACGGCUGUAUAAUCAGCCAGUGGACGGAGCAGGCAGGGGCAAGCUGUAUGGCGGCCUCGCCGACUGCCUGGUGAAGAUCUGGCGGCAGGAGGGCCCCCUGGCGCUCUACAAGGGUCUGGGCCCCGUCUACCUGCGCCUGGGCCCCCACACCGUCCUAAGCAUGCUCUUCUGGGAUGAACUCCGGAAACGGGCCUGGCAGGGCCAGCACCAGGGCAGCUAGGCGGUGUCCUUCACCCCGACACGGCCGGCCACUUGGCAGGAUGCGAUGGCCCGCUGCAGCUGGGAAUGGCUGUUCCAGAGCCAGCCCAGGCCCAGGCCCUGCCCCGGGUCCGGGGAGAGUAUGGUCAGACAGCUGUGGUCAGCCCAGCCCCUGGGCCCACCUAGGGCCAGCUGUAAUCACCACCCACUCCGUUCUCCAGAGAGUGUUCAUCCUUCUCUGUCCCAGGUUACCUUACCCCAGAGCCUUACCCGUCACAAUAACCACUCCAAGGUGUGAACAGCUCUGUUAGCUGGGUCACAUACAAUAUCAACUUGCUUACACAGUAGGAGGUAGUAAAAUUCUGUCACUGAUGAGGAAGUGGAGGCUCAGAAAGGUGAAGUGCUCUGACCAAAGCCCUGUAGCUUUGAAGGGUCAGAGCUGGAACUGGAACUCACCUCUGCCCACCCCCGACCUGUGCCCUUGGUGAGAGCCAGGACCAUGGGGGCCGGAGUGCCCCUGAGGGAUCACUGCACAUGUCGGGAGGCCCUGGGGAGCACCAUGAGGCCAUGGGUCAUCGUCUGUGUUAGUCUGCCAAGGCCACCAUCACAGAGUUCCUCAGACUAGGCAGCUUAAACCACAGAAUGUUCUUUUCUCACAGUUCUGGAAGCUACAUGUCCAGGGGUUGGCAGGGUUGGUUUCCUCUGAGGCCUCCCUUCUUGGCAUGUAGACACCUGUCUUCUCCCAAGGUCCCGAUAAGGUCUUCCUUCUUUGUGUCUGGGUCCUAAUCCCCUCUUAAAGUGAAAGUGAAGUCACUCAGUUGUAUGCGACUCUGCGACCCUGUGGAUCGUAGCCCACCAGGCUCCUCCAUCCAUGGGAUUCUCCAGGCAAGAAUACUGGGGUGGGAAUACCACUUGCAUUGGAUUAGGCCUCACACUGAUGACCUCAUGUUAACUUAAUUACUUUCUUAAAGACCCCAUCUCCAAAUACAGUCACCUUCUGAGGUUAGAACUUCCCUAUAUGAAUCUGGGGUGUGGGAGGGGACACAACACAGCCCCUCAAAACUAAGGGCUUUUACUGAGGGUCUCCUAGACGCCCAGCACUGUGGGCAUUUGCACAGAUUCUCAUGACAAUUCUGAAAGGUAGCUCUUGACGUGCCCAUUAUUCAGAUGAGCAGACUGAGGUCCCAGGAAAGGAAGCGAAUUCCCCAAGGUAGUGAAGCUGGGUAUCCUCAUCCCGGGCCCUGUCCUUUGUCCAAGCUGCGGCCACACUCCCCCCGUGGGUGUGUCCCUAAGGCACUGACCUCUGUGCUACAGAAGUAGAAGCUAAGUGCCUGAAGGGGCAGGACUGGCUGAGGUCAAGUGGCCUGAACUGCCUUCCCGGCCACACCCAAUGGCUGCAAAGAGCUGCUCUCCAGGCACAUACCUACUGCACACUCCAAACCAAUAAAGUUUUCUAUUUUGUCUACGUCAAUGACUUUG